AUGGCAUGCCAGGCAUUCAGCGCUGACUCUUUCAGCCCACUUGCUGGAGAUUCACCCUUACCCAUCCUCAUGCAUCAUGCAUCGACCAGUGACUGCCUUCCAGCCACCUCCCAUGUUAACAGCAUGGUUUCUGCAGUGUCCUCUGGGCUGUCUCUGGGUCAGCCAUCCAAGCGCUCCCACAUGCACCUGUCCACUUCCUCCCUCAGCAAUGCUCUUGGAAGCGGCCCACCCAGCCUACAUUACCCAGUCACCCCCUGUCACUACAGCAACCAGCAGGCCACAUAUGGCAUGAUGGCAGCUCAGGAGAUGCUCUCGGCCAGUAUUUCUCAGACUCGUAUCCUGCAGACAUGCGGUGUCCCUCACCCAAACAUGGUGAGCGCUGCAAACCCACUGCAAGGGUCUCUUACCCCUUGCUUGUAUAAGUUUCCAGAUCAUGGUCUAGGUAGCGGUUCCUGUGCAUUAAGCCACAGUUUCUCCUCACUGCCCUCGGCCUUCCUCUCCACUGAUGAGGCCCCCGGGGGCCCCACAGUUGCAGAGAUGAAAACUGACUCCCAAAGGAAGAGUGUGCGGGAACCAGAAGACGCCCCUGCGAUGGACUCCCCACAGAUCCGGGAGUUGGAGAUGUUUGCCAAUGACUUCAAAAUACGCAGGAUCAAACUAGGCUACACACAGACUAACGUCGGUGAGGCUCUUGCUGCAGUGCACGGAUCAGAGUUUAGCCAGACGACAAUCUGCAGAUUUGAAAAUCUACAGCUGAGCUUCAAGAACGCCUGCAAGCUGAAGGCCAUUCUGGCUAAAUGGCUUGAUGAAGCUGAGCUGGCUGGAGCCUUGUAUAGUGAUAAAAUUGGAAUGAAUGAGCGCAAGAGGAAAAGGAGAACAACUAUCAGUCUGGGAGCUAAAGAAGCUCUGGAGCGCAGCUUUGUGGAAAAAAAUAAGCCGUCCUCCCAGGAAAUUGCUCGGAUAGCCAAAGGUCUCCAUCUGGAGAAGGAGGUGGUCCGAGUCUGGUUCUGCAACCGACGCCAAAGAGAGAAGCGGGUCAAAACCAGCCUCAAUCUCAGCUCCUGUUUAAGCAAAAUCAGUCCAAACUGUAUCACACAAAUGAGUAAAACGCCAAGAGGAAUGAUGUAG